CGCCGAAGCACGCUUCACGGCAUACACGUGCUUCCUGCGCUCUUCUGUGCCCUUCACCGCACCGCAACGGAUCCAGAGACGAGCUUUCAUAAAAUCUGACUGAAAUCAUGCCUAAAUUGAGCAAAGAGACCAAGCAGCGGCUGCAGCAGGUGUUCCAGUGCGGCCAGUUCGUUAUCCGCUGGGGCUUCAUCCCCACCGUGCUGUAUCUCGGAUUCAAGCGAGGAGCCGAUCCAGGGAUGCCUGAACCCACAGUCCUUAGUUUGCUUUGGGGUUGAAACGUUCCUGAUGGAAACUACGGACCAAUCCGCAAACUCAACGAAGACUCUGAAAGCAGCGAGUUCUCGUCCAUCAUGUCAUCACGGGACGCUCAUUCAGAUCUGAACGCUGUGCUGGGAUGUAAAUACUUCUCUGUCACGUCCACCCAACGUUUUGUGUUAUUUUAAGACUUUUGCUUCCUCUUUCUGAAACAUUGCAUUGAGAAACACACAAAAUGUCACUGAAUUUUUUUUUAUUGAGAUCAUUGUAAACAAUCAGCAUGUUCUCACAUUCAGUUUCAAAUAAAGCAAACCAAUUCAUAAAUA